AUGUUUAUUACGAGACGACUCCUAGGUCCUGGCCAUCCUGUAUCAAACCCCCUUCCAGUUCCUACACUUGAUGGACCGAACAGGUACUAUAGAUUUAAAUUGCGGCCGAUUCGGAAGGAUUAUUGGAACGUUUUGUGCUUUGCAAAUUCGGAAAAACUAAGGAAAACUUCCAUGGAACUAAUUAAUAAUUACCUAUCCACUGGAAAACAACUAAAAUAUUUAGAGUACAAAGAGUCCUCAAAUGACUUUAUGAAUAAAAAUGACAAAAUAAUGUGCCCUGAUGAAUCUAGUGGCUCAGAAGAUAAAUUUUCCAAAGAAACAUUAAAACCCAAGACAAAAGGGUUUUGGAUAGUCUACAGUAAAAGGUUCAAAGAAUCCAUUCAUUUGCUUAGCGUCUCUGAUAUCGCAAAUAUACUUAAAUCAUUUCAUAUUUAUAAUAAGGACUCAGGAGAGUAUGUAGUUGCAGUUUUGGAACUACAAAGAAGAGUUAAGGAACUUGACGCCAAGUCACUUUUGGAUAUACUGUGGGUUCUUUCAAGACGUUUGAAGCAAAAUACACAGAAAGAGUUUUUUAAAUCAAUAGCAAACCAAGUUCCAAACGUUUUAUACUCACUAAAUGGAAAUGACAUUGUGAACCUGUUGUGGAACCUGUAUAACUCAGGAUAUACUGACGUGGAAAUAUGCAAUACAGUUUAUUUGAAAUUCAUGGACUAUAUAGAUGAACUAAACGAACAAGAUCUGAGCUCUGCUUGUAUGGCAUUUGGUAGAUACGGAUACAGAAACAUGGAUUUGUACUCAAAAAUAGAGCCAAGGAUCUCAAAAAACUGCAAUGCAUCUUGGGGACUCUUUAUGGCAUCAAUUGAUGUGACUGGACUUAUUUCGGAGAGAACCGAAACCUUCAUUAAUUCCCUGGAAGGUUCGCCAAGGUGGAAAUUAAAGGUUUGGAAGACAAUCCUGAACAGUACAAAUUGUCACGAAGAUUUGAAAAGGAAUGUAGAUGAGCAUCUAAAAAAUACAUAA